UGUUAAUGUAUAACUCUAACUGAGAUUAAUAGUCCUGAUUUUUUAGGGAACGAGGUGUACGAAGUCGAUGAAACAUGAUCUUGAGCAUGCAAGUGACAUGUUGGUGGAAGCUGAAAUUAAGAAGACAAUAGUUUUGAAGGAAACAACUUUAGUUCCUUCCAUUAGUUAGAAUUUAAUUUGUUGUUUUCUAUACUCUAUAAUAGGUGUUGAAUUUGAAUUUGCAUGUUUGUAAGUUCCCCGUUUUAAUCAAAAGUUUUAAUCUUUUUUCAUAACUAAUUGCAUGACAUCCUCUAAAUAGGACAUAGACAAUCCCACAAUAAAUAAACAAUCUAAAAUAGUUUGUUUGCUAUACAUAUAUGAUAUAUCCACAUGUUUUCUGCCCUUGCAUCACAGCCUCUAAAUAGGACAUAGACAAUCCCACAAUAAAUAAACAAUCUAACAUAGUUUGUUUGCUAUACAUAUAUGAUAUAUCACAUAAUUUCCGGGCAGAAGAAGUCCAAUUUUUAUCCGUUGGAUUUGGUCCAAAUGUGUUAUGAGACUUUUGAUGUCUUCCAACUAGUUUAACUAAAUAUCUAUGACACACUAAACUGCAUAAAGCAAAAUAGUUGAAACACUUUGUAGAUAACUAAACCAUCAAAAUAGUUCUAAAAAAAUAUAAAAACUUUUUUAAAAAAAGGGUAAAAAAUGGUUCGUUUUUUACCACUCAGAUUAUUUUUCCAUAAAUCGGAUUUCAAAACAUUUGCAUUUUUCAAGCUUAAUUUUAUCGAGCAAACACUCCCCUUUUUUUCCAUAGACUCCUCUUCUCUGUUCGUGAAUCCAAGAUCCGCUUCUUUCUCCUGCGGUUGCUCUGCGCUCUCAGCACCAACCAAAUCCCCCUCCAAUUCCUCAUCUUUCUUGACCAAUUCUUGAAAUCAAUCAGACGCAAUAAUCAACCACUAUUCUUAUUAUAGUUGGAUCAUAAUUAAUCAAGGUUUGAGGUGGAUCCAUGGCGAUCAAGGGCGGCGGCGGGUCGGCGGAGAACAGGGGGCGGAGCCCGCUCGCCAUGGUGGUCGCCGUCGGCCUCUGCUGCUUCUUCUACCUGCUCGGCGCGUGGCAGCGCAGCGGCUACGGCAAGGGCGACAGCAUCGCCAUGGCCGUGAACCGGCAGACGGCGGCCUGCGGCGGCGUGGGGCUGAGCUUCGAGACGCACCACGGCGGCGCCGGCGUGGAGAACGAGACCAUGGCGGCGCCGGCGCCGGAGUUCGCGGCGUGCGCGGCGGCGAUGGCGGACCACACGCCGUGCCACGACCAGGAGCGCGCGAUGAGGUUCCCGAGGGAGAACAUGGUGUACCGGGAGCGGCACUGCCCCGGCGACGGCGAGCGGCUGCGGUGCCUGGUGCCGGCGCCGCCGGGGUACGUGACGCCGUUCCCGUGGCCGCGGAGCCGCGACUACGUGCCGUUCGCGAACGCGCCGUACAAGAGCCUCACCGUGGAGAAGGCGGUGCAGAACUGGGUGCGACACGAGGGCCGCCUCCUCCGCUUCCCCGGCGGCGGCACCCAGUUCCCCGGCGGCGCCGACAAGUACAUCGACCAGCUCGCCACCGUCGUCCCCUUCGCCGACGGCUCCGUCCGCACCGUCCUCGACACCGGCUGCGGCGUGGCGAGCCUGGGCGCGUACCUGGACGCGAGGGGGGUGAUCGCCAUGUCGUUCGCGCCGCGGGACUCGCACGAGGCGCAGGUGCAGUUCGCGCUGGAGCGCGGCGUCCCGGCGUUCAUCGGCGUCCUCGGCUCCAUCAAGCUCCCCUUCCCUCCCCGCUCCUUCGACAUGGCGCACUGCUCCCGCUGCCUCAUCCCCUGGUCCGCCAACGGUGGGAUGUACAUGAUGGAGAUCGACCGGGUGCUCCGGGCGGAUGGCUACUGGGUGCUCUCCGGCCCGCCGAUCAACUGGCGGACCAACCACAAGGCGUGGGAGCGCACGGAGGCGGACCUCGCUGCCGAGCAGCAGCUGAUCGAGGAGUACGCCGCGAUGCUGUGCUGGGAGAAACUCGCCGAGAUGGGCGAGGCCGCCGUGUGGCGCAAGCGCCCCGACGCCGCUGUUGUGUCUUGCCCCACGGCCACGCCGGCGCCGCCGAGGACGUGCGACGCCGCCGCCGCCAGCCCCGACGACGUCUGGUACAAGAAGAUGGAGCCGUGCAUCACGCCGCCCCAAGCGGCCGGCGAGGUGAUGCUGCGGCCGUUCCCGGAGAGGCUGACGGCGGUGCCACCGAGGGUGGCCGCCGGCGAGGUGCCGGGGCUCACCGGCGAGUCGUACGCGGAGGAGAACGCGCGGUGGGAGAGGCAUGUGGCGGCGUACAGGAAGGUGAACUACCGGCUCGACGCCGGCCGGUACCGGAACAUCAUGGAUAUGAAUGCCGGCGUCGGCGGGUUCGCCGCCGCCGUCUUCUCGCCCAAGUCGUGGGUCAUGAACGUCGUCCCCACCGCCGCCGAGCUCUCCACCCUUGGCGUCGUCUACGAGAGGGGCCUCAUCGGCAUCUUCCAUGACUGGUGUGAGGCAUUCUCCACUUACCCAAGAACAUAUGACCUCAUACAUGGCAAUGGUGUCUUCACUCUCUACAAGGACAAGUGCAAGAUGGAGGACAUCCUGCUGGAGAUGGAUCGGAUCCUGCGGCCGGAGGGCACGGUGAUCCUCCGGGACGACAUUGAGGUCCUCCUCAAGGUUCAGAGGAUCGCGAGCGGGAUGCGGUGGAAGAUGAUCAUGGCGAACCACGAGGACAGCCCCCACAUACCGGAGAAGGUGCUCUACGCCGUCAAGCGGUACUGGACCGCCGACGACAAGAGCUCGGAGCCGGAGCCAGAGCCGGAGAAGAUGAAGAAGAAGGCGGGGAGCUCUUCACAAGAGAGGAGCUCCGAGGAGGAGGAGGAGAGUACAGCAAGUUCUUCAGAAGAGAAGGGUUCAGAGGAGUAAGAGGUGCUGAUCAUGUGUGAUUAUUUUCAGUUGUUGGGGAGUUCAAUUCUUUUCAGUGUGAUAGGGGAGAUCAGGAGUUGUGUUCUUUCGAUUUGAUGAUUGUCUUAGGAUGAACAAUAUGAUGUUCGGUAGCAGGACUUAGCAUUUCCAUAGAUUCAAGAAGCAUAUACUUUGCAUGUCUCAUGGUUUCAGCUGUGCUUGUUGAUCAUUUCUCAUAGCCAUAAACAUGCAGUUUGCAACAGAUUACAAAUAUUUCUUCAACUUGUAAUGCUGAAACAAGCUGCCCAUGAACAUACAAGAUCAGAUUUUCAUGACUUGGUGACAGGGAUCAUAUAAUUAUCAUCAGUUAACACUGCUAUCGAAUUGCAUCA